UAUUAAAAUCCGUACAAAAGUUCUAAAAAAAGUGUGCCCUACUAGGUGAGGAGCUCGACAUGAUGCAAUAUUUUCCUUGAAAGAACGUUAUAUAGAUGAUCGUUGACUCACAUUAUUCUAAAUAGUAAUAAAACAUCAGAAAAAACAUUAGCCAGUGGAUUAAAAAAAAAGUUGGAAACAUUUGAAUUUAUUUUGAUUCUAUGUAUGUGGGAACAAAUUCUACGUUCUUUGCGUAUUGUAUCAAAACGGCUACAAAAUAUAAAUAAGGAUUUGGAAGCAGCUUCAAACAUGAUACAGAUGGCUGUGACAUCAACUCAAGAUAUCAGAGACAACUACCAGCAUAUUUUAAAUAUUUCAAAAGAAUUAUAUAAAAAAUGGAAUAUACCAGUCACAUAUCCCAACGAACGUAAAAAACAAGCUGUAAAAUAUUUUGAUGAAAUAUAUGGUGAUCGUAGACUUAACACUAAUGAAGAUAAUUUUAAAGUUCAAAUUUUUUUCCCUGUUAUGGACUCUGUUUUAUCACAACUUGUAGCUCGAUUUAAAGGAACACAUGAGGUAGUUGAAACUUUUUCAUUUUUAAAUCCUACUUCAUUUUUAUCAAAAACUGAAAAAGAAGUUGUCAAUGCAUCAUGACUUCAUAUUAAAGUAUAGUAAUGAUAUCAGCACAGAUUUUACCCGACAAUUAUUAAG